AUGAAAUCCGCCCACAGUCCUAAAGCAGGUUACUUCAUCGAUCUCUCUGCUGAAACCCUGAACUAUUACGAUAGUGAUGAAGAGGUUAAGGUCCUAAGGUUCAAACCCUCCGAUAUCCGUUUCGGGAAAAGAAAGAGAACAGAAACCUUAAACGAGGCCCCAUCUUUUGCAUGUGAUAUUUGUGUAGAGGCCAAGCCGGCACAUGAGUCGUUUGGUAUCAAAAACUGCAGCCAUGUUUACUGUACUGAUUGCGUGGUGAAAUACGUGGACUCCAAGCUCCAAGAAAAUAUAGCAAGCAUAGGGUGCCUUGUACCCGAUUGCAAAGGUUCACUGGAUCCCGAACAUUGCCAUUCAAUUCUGAAACCGGAGGUGUUUGAAAAAUGGGGAAGAAUUUUAUGCGAGGACAUGAUUAUUGGGUCUCAGAAAUUUUACUGCCCCUUUAAGGACUGCUCCGCAAUGUUGAUCGACGAUGGGGCAGAGGCAGUGAGGGAAUCAGAGUGCCCUAAUUGUAAAAGAUUGUUUUGUGCGCAGUGUAAGGUUCCUUGGCACGCCCAACUUACUUGUUCUCAGUUUAAGAGGCGGAGUACGAAUGAUCCUGAAAAGGAGGAUAUCAUGAUGGAGAAACUUGCUUUCAAGAAGCACUGGAGGAAGUGCCCAUGGUGUGGGAUUUAUGUGGAAAGAACAGGAGGCUGCACAUCAAUACGAUGCAGGUGCGGAACUUAUUUCAACUUUCAUUGUGGACGAAUGGGUUGUACUUAUUGUGAAAAUUCCAAAAGGAGGAGGGAUAGUCGAAGUAUAGGCUACUUCGUAUUCUUGGAAGAGUAUAAAAAGAAUCACCGGGAUAAACUUUUUACUAAAGAUACUGCUAAACUUGUUUAUGAAACAUGGAGAUCAAUGUCUCGUUCUGAAAAGAAACCUUAUGAGAACACAGAGAUGAAGCCGACUGUGAUUUUGAUGAAGCCGACUGUGAUUUUGAUGAAGCCAACCAAGCCAACAUAA